ACACACAUAAUCAAACAUCACACACACAUAUACAUAUACACAGAGAGAGAGAGAAAGAGAUAAUCUCUACGCAUUAAAGUUGAUCUCUCUGUCCGUCUUCACCUAGGAAAUAAUGCUGCUAGUUUGCAGUUCACUUGUUUUUUCAUGAAUUACAUUAAUAGUAGCCUCCUUCUUUCCCAGUAUAAAAAGGUUCAACAAAACUCCUACUUCCCAUCUCAGACAACCCCUAAAAACACACAAACAUAAAGGAAACAGAUUUUAUCUACACCUGCUUCAAUAUUCUCAUUUCAACCAUUUUAAAGAAUGUAUUGGUUUUGGACUAUAAUGUUUCUAAGUCUUGCAACUAUCAACAAUUCAGAAUCUAAACUUCAUAAUCAGAAGUCAUCUGCCGUUAUCGUCGGGACAGUCUACUGCGACACGUGUUUCCAGCAGAAUCUACCCAAAGCCAGCCAGUACUUGAUUGCAGGUGCAUCAGUCACCGUAGAAUGCAAGGACGCAGGAUCAGGAACGAGGUUCCGGCAACAAGUGAAAACAGACAGCCAUGGAGAAUUCAAAGUACACCUCCCUUUCCCUGUCAGCAAACAUACGAGGAAAAUCAGAGGAUGUUCUGUGAGAUUAAUCAGCAGUAAUAAACCAUAUUGUGCUGUAGCAGCUUCUGCAACUUCAUCAAAUCUUCAUCUCAAGUCAAGAAAAGAUGGGACACAUGUUUUCUCUGCAGGAUUUUUCACAUUCAGGCCACUCAAACAACCACAAGUAUGUGAUGAGAAGACAAGCAUCAAUAGUUUCAAGAAAUUAUCUCAAAUUUCAAAUCCUAAUGAUCCUGCAUUUGUACCACCAAUUCAAGAUCCACCGUCCUUUGGCAGCUUCCUCCCACCGCUGCCUCGACUGCCACCUCUACCACAGCUUCCCCGCCUACCGCCAUUGCCCGGGAUCCCAUUUCUGCCACCGGUGGUACCUAAGAAGCAAGCUGCAAACAAUGUACCAAAGUUAUCGGAAAAUCAGCCAGGCACUCCAUUUCCACCAAAUCCAUUCAACCUACCAAAUAUAUUACCUCCAAACCCUUUUCAGUCACCACCUAUUACGAUUCCUCCAGUAUUUCCAUCCCCUUUGCCAUCACUUUUUCCUCCUCUUUUCCCUGCACCCAAUUCACCUCCUUUGUUCAACCUGCCGCCUAUUCCUGGUUUAACUCCGUCUCCACCACCACCGCCUCCAGUCCAGCUGCCUCCGUUUCCCUUCCAGCCAACCCCUGGUUUCCCUGGAGUGCCUCCCGCUAAGGUCUCUAUACUAUCAGAAACAAGCUCUCCAUGAUUCUGCGUUAACAUAGAUGCAAUGUAUGAUAAUAGCAUAGCCGUACUUGCAAUAAACCCCGCUACCUUUUGGACCUUCAACUUUACACAUUUUCUACUAGUGUUUUUGUUUCCUGUUAAAAGUGUCUUCACCAGAGAGUAUUAGAUUCCGAAUUAACAAUGUUUGUAGGAAAAUCUGACUAAUGAUUUAGCAGUACUAUAAUGCUUCAUCAUAAGUCAUACAGCAUCAAAUUAAUAUGCUAACAGUAGCAGAACUUGUUGGUUUCCACUGGUUUUUCUGGUUACUGAUGAAAAAAUACAUGAAGAUGAUAGAUUUAAUGGAAAAGAAAGCAUUUGCGCUCUUGAAA